AUGGGUAACAAUCCAUCUCAGCCAACCGGUCAUUAUCAAGCUGGACCCCAAUAUCAAGCUCCUCCUACCCAUUUCAACCGUGGGUACACCAUGAGGGAGACUCAGCAUUUCAGAGGCGGGUAUUCUCUCCGAGAUCCCCCCAAGAAGAAGAAGAUGGGUCUUGUUGGUGUCCCAGAGUCCUCUCCACCUAGCCAUUCUUGCUACAGCCAAGGCUCUGACCUGGGCGUAGCAGCUGCACGAGCAGCGUUCUCGCACGCUCCUCAAACCUUCUCGCAGCCUUCCAGUGCGGCUGCGCCAAUGGCGUGGACGCCACCUCCAUCGAAGAAGCAUUUCAAACAGGGCCACUCGUUGAGGGACACUCGCAAUGUCUCCUUCACCUACCCCGAGGCUUCCAGUGCGGCUGCACCAACACCGUGGACGCCACCCCAGUCUAAAAAGCAUUUCAAACACGGUCACUCGCUGAGGAACACUCCCAAUGUCUCCUUUGCCAGCCCCGAGCCUUCUCACUUUGGCAGCAGAGCAGCUCCACAACAAACCUUCUCACAGCCUGCCCAUAAACCUUUCUCUCAUGGGUAUUCUCUCAGAGAGCCUGCCAAGAAAGCGAACCAUAGACGCUCUAAGAAGUCGUUCUGGUAG